AUGGGCGUCCGCUAUCCUAUCACUGUUCCCGAAAGAUGUCCAUUCACCCUUCAAAAUAUACCUUUUGGAAUCUUCAGUUUAGAGGACACCCAAGAUCAGGAGAGCACGCUUAGAGCAGGUAGCGCUAUCGGGGACUUUGUUCUUGAUCUUCAUACUUUGGCACAAUAUGGAGGCUUCGAGGCCGUUGGCAUCUCGAGAUCUUCAGUGAAUGUCUUCUCAGGACCAAAUCUUAACAGCUUUGCCGCGCUCCCGGCAGCAGACCGAGCAAGGGUGAGACUAUUAAUAAUCGAUCUGCUCAGUCAGAGUGAAUCGAUGCUCUUCCAAAAUGCCGAGCUUAACAACAAGGCAUUCAUCCUCAAAGAUCACGUGACAAUGCAUGUUCCGAUGGCCAUAACAGACUAUUCUGACUCGUUUGGCUCCCUCAUCCAUGCAAACAAUACUCUAGGACCAUUUGGCUUCCCAAUGCCACAGUCAUGGUUUCACUACCCCAUGGCUUACAACGGGCGAACGGGUGGGGUUGAAGUAUCAGGCAAUGACAUUAUACGACCCAGCGGUUUGUUCCCUGACCCUAUCACGGGCAAAGUCAUUCUCCAGCCCUCACGUCAACUUGAUUUUGAGAUAGGCAUCGGUAUGUUUGUCGGGAAGCCAGUGGAGAAAGGUGAGACGAUCACAGCUCAAGAGGCAUCUGAUCAUAUUUUUGGGCUUGUACUUCACAAUGACUGGUCGGCUCGUGAUCACCAGAAAUUUGAGAUGGCCCCUUUAGGCGUUUUCCACUCAAAAUCGUUCUCGACGAGCAUCUCGCCGUGGGUGGUAACCUUGGACGCCUUACAGGCUUGUGUGGCGCCCCCACCACCAUCCAACUUGACCGAAAUUCACCCCAUGUUGCGCUGUGACGAUAAGAACACAGGGAUGUUUGAUGUGGAUCUUCCCGCUACAGUUUCGCGCAAUGGUGGGCUCGGUGUAGAGAUCACCAGAUCCAACCAUAAGGAUGAGUACUGGAGUCUGACCCAGAUGCUGGCAUAUCAUUCACUCAACGGUUGCGGUCUGAAAACCGGCGACCUGAUCUCAACAGGGACAAUUUCUUCUCCUCAGCACGACUCGAGAGCUCAAUAUCGCGGCCCAGCGACGAAUGGGUGUUUGACAGAAGUCUUUGCUCUGGGAAACACUCUUCCAGAGGUAGGGGGCAAACCGAUGUCAUGGCUGGAGGAUGGGGACCGCCUGACUAUCGAAGGAUGGUUCCGAGCUAGAGACGGCACGCAGGCGGGCUUCGGUCCUCUCACUUCUCUAAUCCGCCCUGCUCAGUGUUGGUGA